AAAUAUAGUCGACAGACAAUAAGCAAUGAGUGGCUUGACUUUGACAUCAAGGGAGUUUUUUUAUUUUUUUAUUUGACGGCGCAAAGUGAAACCCAAUUAGCCAUUAAUCAAUUCCAUUCCAGUCGCCGCAUAAUUCUGCUUCAGGUUUUGGCACUAACGGGCUUUUAGAGUCUCUUGUGGAUGACAGCAGGGAGCAGUGCUGGAGAUGCUGUAGCUCACACAACCGCUAGAAGACAAACGCCGUGGUCCUUCCACCUUCCCAACGCUCCUGAGUGCAGCCCGAGGAACAGAAACUAUUUGAAUAAACCGAUGAAUGGGACUUUGCCCUGCGCUGGAUCCUGAGCCUGGCUCUGUGUGCAAGUGGGGAGCAUAAGCGGACAGAGGGACAAUAUUUCCUUUCAGUGAGACCCGAGGUGGAAAAGACGCAGCAAUGACAGAGCAGCAGUGGUGCGCAGCGGCGAAAUAGACCAACUAUUGUGGGGACGGAAGAUUGAUAAAACAACUGGGCGAGCAACGAGAGCGGCAGAUGUAGCCUAAUUUCCCAACGUUGCAGCUGGUUUGGUGCCAGUGGUGUGCUGGAUGGGUUAUUAUUGCGUUCUCUUUUUCAUCAUUCACUGCUCCCAGCGUUUCCAGAUUACUUGGGGAUCUCGGACGGCUGUCUGUGAGGGAGUAUUGCUGCAGAGACUAACGGGGAAUGCCAUGUGUCGUUGCGCGACAUAGAAGCUCUUUGUGGGCUGUUUUGCACCGGGGACAGGUGGUGCCGUGUGUGCGUGUAUGUGUGUGUUGAAACAAGCAGGGGGGGGCACGGACACACAACCCCUGAGACAGUUGUCUUAGGGAUGUCAGGCCGGCGUACGGGAUCAGUUUUUGCCAGAGACAGGUGCGACAGGGAGGAGUAGUUUACAAAGCCCGACAACAGGAUCUGGUAACGCACUAACGAGCCUCCUCUCUCCUCUGAUCACUCUCGGAUUUUUUUUGUAUCCAGCGGGACUCACAAUCGACUCAUACUGCCGUUGCUCGGCGGCACCUUCCCCCCGAAAACCAGAGACUCCGCCCUUGUGUUGCUAUGGCGUUCGUGGCCCCUCCCUUCUUCCUGCUGUGUUGCCUGCUCCGAACGGCCAGCUCGGCGUUCCCCGAGGAACCGGGGCCCCUCAACUUCAUCCCCACUGAAGUGGUGAGAAGAUACCCAGUGUUUCUGGGCCGACCCCACCGAACAUGGCUGAGACAAGAGCCUCUGCACAUCCAGAGGAUUCUCCAAGUCAAUCGGACACUCUACAUUGGAGCCAGGGAUGACCUUUUCCGCGUGGAGUUGGACAUUGUUGCAGGAGACGAGAUGUUCUACAGCAAGAAAAGGACGUGGGAGUCGAACAAGAACGACAUCAGGAUCUGCAGGAUGAAGGGCAAGCAUGAGGAUGAAUGCCGUAAUUUCAUGAAGGUGCUGCUCAGCAGAGAAGGAGGCCUGUUUGUGUGUGGGACCAACGCCUUCAACCCACUAUGUGCCAACUACACUGGAGACACUCUCGAGAUGGUAGGAGACACGGUCAGUGGUAUGGCGAGAUGCCCCUAUGACCCCAAACAUGCCAAUGUAGCUCUGUUUGCAGAGGGGAAUCUGUUUACAGCCACAGUGACAGACUUCCUGGCCAUUGAUGCAGUGAUCUAUCGUAGCCUUGGGGACAGCCUCGCUCUGCGCACUGUCAAGCACGACUCCAAGUGGUUCAGAGAGCCCUAUUUUGUCAGCGCUGUGGAGUGGGGACCUCAUAUCUACUUCUUCUUCAGAGAGAUAGCCAUGGAGUUCAAUUACCUGGAGAAGGUGGUGGUGUCACGUGUGGCGCGGGUGUGCAAACGCGACCUGGGUGGGUCUCAGCGCGUCCUGGAGAAGCAGUGGACAUCGUUCCUGAAGGCCCGUCUGAACUGCUCCGUCCCCGGUGAUUCCCACUUCUACUUUAACCUGCUCCACUCCACCAGCCCCAUCAUCAGGAUGCACGGCAGGGACAUAAUACUGGGGGUGUUUUCCACACCAGCAAACAGUAUUCCAGGUUCGGCGGUGUGUGCCUUCGACAUGGAGCAGCUGGCUGGGGUGUUCGAAGGGAGGUUCAAAGAGCAGAAAUCACCUGAGUCUAUUUGGACGCCUGUUCCAGAUGAAGUCAUCCCGAAGCCAAGACCCGGUGGCUGUGCCGUUCAAGGUUCCAGAUUUAAUUCCUCAAACGCGUUCCCUGACGAGAUGCUCAACUUCGUCAAGACCCAUCCUCUGAUGGAUGAAGCCGUCCCAUCACUCGGACAAAGACCCUGGAUUGUCAGAACCAUGGUCAGGUACCAGCUGAAUAAGAUGGUGGUGGAUACAGAAGCUGGGCCUUAUAGAAACCGAACCGUCCUGUUUCUCGGGUCAAGCAGAGGGACCAUCCUCAAGUUCCUCAUCAUGCCCAACCAGGACAACACCGUCACCAACAGCAACAUCUUCCUGGAGGAACUGGAGGGAUUCAACCCUGAUAAGUGUGCGGAAGACUCUCUGCAGGCCAGGCAGCUGUUGUCUCUGACUCUGGACCGGGCCAGCCACACUCUGCUCCUCGCCUUCCCCUCCUGUGUGGUCAGAGUACCAGUGGCACGAUGCCAGCUCUACUCCCGGUGCAUGAAGAACUGUAUCGCCUCCAGGGAUCCUUACUGUGGCUGGACCAGAGGAAGCACCUGCUCUUUCCUCAGACCUGGGACCAGACUGCCGUUCGAGCAAGAUGUUGAACAAGGAAACGUGGCCCACUUGGGUGACUGUGACGGAAUGCUGCUCCAAGAGAGUUUUAUCGAGGAGCCUGAUGGCCUGGUGUCUGUAAACCUGCUGGUGGUGUCUGCUGUUUCAGCCUUCGCAACAGGAGCCAUCCUCUCUGGCCUCACCGUGUGCUGGAUCAUGAGUCACCGCCACCGCCACUCUCGCGGCUCUGGAGCCAACGGCGCCCGCCGCAAAAAUGACAAAGAGCAGAGCAUGCUGGGGCAGGGUCGCAGCGGGUCAGUAAUGAGCGUAACAAGAACCAGCGGCGGUGAAAGGCGGCGUUCACAGGCGGACAACCCCUUCGUCACGCCCAACGGCUGGCCUAAAGGAGAGAUGGACCCAGGCUUGCUGCCUACACCGGAGCAGACCCCGCUGCAGCAGAAACGGGCCAUGCGUCUCCCAGACACUGACUGGGACCAGAGCCAGACCUUCCUCACCGCUGUGGGGACUCCCUGCCCCAACAAUUCUGUCAUCUACCUGAGCUCCAAGUUCCUGCAUGGAGGUGGAGGGGGUGGAGGGAUGGUCCGGAUAGAGGACCCAGGGGAGGUCAUGCUGCCCCCGCACACAGAGCGCCAGCGCUACCUGAUCUUAGCCACCCAGAGAGGGGAGCAUGGUGGCAGUCGUCCCAGCGGCACCCUGAGGAACUCAGCGGGAGAAUACAUCUACCCCGCCACGCCGCAGGACUCCCCCGACCGACGGAGGGUGGUGUCAGCUCCCACUCCCCACAUGGACUAUGGGGAACCUCGCUGGAGUCACGAGGCGCUCAACUACAACAGCAACAAUGGAGUGCCCUAUCACUCCCAGCGCCCGGGCCUCAUCAGGCCAGAUAUGCAUGGGCCUCGAGGGCUGGGAGAACUGGCUGACUUCAGCCAUCUUCUAGGGAAGAACAUGGGAGAGCGCACCCCCAGUGGCCAGUGAGGCGAUGUACGUGAGCCCUGGCACCAAGCUCUCUCUGAACACCCAUUCCCUCCAACAGCAGACUGGAAAAAAUCAACCCCUCAGACUCACUGUCCCAGUCCAACCUUACCCUGUCUGUCCUCUCUCACUGUCAUUCAAUGUUCUGACGUAAUUCAGCUGACUGAAGAGAGAGACAAAGAGAGAGUUGAAAAAGAGGAGCAAACUCUCCUCACGUUUCCGCUCCUCUGCUCUUAAUCUGAGGUGCACCCCUCUGCUCUGUAAGUGGUGCGACCCGCAGAGCUUGACACCAUAGGACAAUCAGUAAGGUAAAGAGAGGGGUGCAAAGGAAAGGGAAUCUUCUCAAAGUGUGGAGAUUUAAAAAAAAAAAAAAAAAAAAAAGACGAUGAUGAUGAAGGGAAAUUCCCUUGCAGCGCCAAAUGUGAAAGGUCUCCCUCCACCAUUUUGUUCACCGUUUUGACACCAUGGAUCUUCUUUGAGUGUGAAAUUUUGUUUCUGCUUUGGUUAUUUUUGUGCCAGUGGCAGCCAGCAGACAACAAUGUGCUUUACUUUGGAUUUCAGAUAAGACUAAAACUGUUGUAGCUGUGCCAGAGGGCACAUGAAUCAUGCAGUGUGUGUAUGUGAUUGUGUGUAUGUGUGAAUGUGAGUCACGGGCCACGACAACCCCAACCAGUGUCCUGUCUUAACUGUGAAGUAUAACUAUAUAAUGAAGUUUCUGUACGGAGGAGGUUGAAGUUGACAUUAUUUUUUUCUUUUUUAUAAAUAAUCACAGAGAGACAAAUGGGUUUUAUUAUGUGUCUCAUACCAAUCGGAGGUUUGAGUGGUUGACCAGUGGCUAGUGAAGGGUUGAGAUUACUCCCGUUGUAAUUUUUGUGAUUCCCAGUACCUCAGAGGCACCGCUGGACAGAGCCAUCAUGAAGUGAAAGAAAGCAAUAAUAAGCAAGAAACAUAUAAGGACAAAGAUGAAGCCAAUUUAAUUUGAUAUUUUAUAAUAUAAGUGUUUUCUCAGCAAAGCAAACUGAAGUUUAGAUAUGUCAGGAGGAGCUGGGAACAGGAACAAUAUCUCCCCUCCAUUCUUCCCUCCCUAGCUGCCUCUCAGUAUGCCUGGGUCUGUCUGACCUGACCUGAGGCCCCCAUGGGCUCCGCAGUCCAUUUGAGGGAGGGAAUGUGAGCUGUGGCUGUCUGGCUGUCUGACUGGGGCUGUGAGGCCCGGCCGCUUGGGAGCUCCAUUCAGCCUCUUCUGCCCGACACUGAGCCUCUUUGUGCCCCAGAAGCAGGAGGAGACUGCUGCAACAAAUAGCCGUUAAGAGUCAGAGACGUAGCCCAGCACCGCAGCCUAGCAGAAUAUCAAUGAGGAGGACAGCAGCUCCAUCCAUCAGGUGAGAUGUACCAAACCAGGAACGGGCAUCUCGUGUGCUUCACCCACUCUGGUGAUUCACUGGUUUGCCAGGACAAGGGAGGAGCUGAGGGCUGAAGCUGGCCCACAGGCCACAGUUGGGGCACUGCUGUCACAAUGGUCAUCCCUUGUGGUUUUAUCUCUUUCAGUGUGUUUCACAACAAAAGCGGGAUAAAGAAAACAGAUGGGCAUGGGUAUACUUGGGUGUGGAGUUACUCUUUCACUUUGUUGUCUGAUCUUUUGAUAUUUUCUGUUGUUUUUUUUGUCCGUUCUCACCCGUUCUUGAUUCAAAUGUAGAUCCAGAGAUAGCUUUAGUUCCUCUGGGUCAUGGCCUGUUAGAGGUGGUGUUUUUUGUGUCGGCUUGUUUGUGUGAGUCUCUUUGGGUUUGUGUCCAUGAAUGCGUUACUCAUAUUGAGUGCAAAAAACCCAGCUUGGAUCAGUUUUACUCUCAUUCUCACCCUUCUUCUUUUUUUCCACCGCUGUUUCUUUAUUGAGCCAUUCAUUUUGUGCAGCAACCCUUUGCUUGACAUUCACGAAUCCGUGCUAACGGUGUCAGAGCCCUGCGUGGGAGCAGUGUAUGCCAUACGAUAUAUUUAAACAAUUUUACUUUACAAAAGAGGUACGGCUUAAAUGGAGAAGCUGGGCUGUGCUUGGAUAGAUACACUGUACACGCGCAAGAAAAUAUCACAAUGUACAAAAACCAGGGCUGGGCAUUGUUUGAAUUUUUAUUUACUAGUGCCGAUAUGACAGCUUUCAGUUUUUGUGACUGUAAUUGAAUAUACAAGUAUAUAAUUAAAAUAAACAUGUCUUUCCACAAAACCUUAUUUUCCUUUUAAAGUGGCAGUGUGGAGCUUUAUAGUGUCUUUUAGCUCAUUGUUGUUGGAGUGUUUCACUCUCACCACCUUAAUCAAUGUCGAUUUCGGCCUCAGCUAGCAGCUGUUUUUAGCAAUAAUGCUAAAAGAAAUCUGCUGCUCACUACCUGCCCAGCACCAAAUGGCAGACAGACAAAGUUAGCGAUCCGCUGGUGAACAUAGUGAAACAUUUUGCAGCUAAAGAGCAGAUAUUUACCCCAUGAGUUGGUGGAGACCAAAAGUCAAUAUUGGACUUCUCUUCAAAAGGUGAUAAUAUGUCAGUGUUACGUUACAGUUUGUUUCUGCUGCCACCAAGUGGCCAAAAAAUCAGGCAAUGAAGGUUUUUACUAACGCUGGGUAUUGUUUGAAAUAUUUCAACACUAAGGCCAAUAAAUGUUGUAAAAUCUAUUUUACAUUUACUGUAACAACAGAAGCCAAGGUAAAUACAUUGUCUAAACACAAGCAGCUGCACGAGAACUUUCCCUAAAAAAAGAAAUUGUGUAAUUUUU